GAAAUACACAUAAACUUAUCCUCGCUUCAACAAUCAUAAUUUCCAAAAUUCUAACUAUCUCAAGUUUUAAAAUACAAAUUUCUAAAAGCUGCUCUGUCUUCCGAGUCAUGAUCCUGUCAUCACGAGAUUUUCUUAUGCAAAUAUUUCAUAUCACAUUUCAAUUGUUGGCGUCUCUCAAAACGAAAGUUGAAUUACAAAGCUUUGUCUGCUCUUUAAAACUCCUAGUUAUCGACAAUGUGAAGUGUAAAUCAUUGUAGUUAUGUUGCUUUUACCCUUGGGGAUUUCGAGUUGAACUUUUGGUGAAUAAAACGACGAAAUAAUGGCGUGCAGUAAAUACGACUACGAGCUUGGGUAUGAAGACAAUCGCUUCGAGAUUGUUGUCAGUCAAAGAUUUCACUGCCCCAUUUGUUUCCUGGUUCUUAAAGAUCCCGUUAUGUGCAAGAACGAACACUACUAUUGUUCUUCAUGUAUGAAAAAGCAUUUGGAAAACUCCUCGUUCUGUCCGACGUGUCUUGAACACCUCAGUGUUGACACACUAAGACCAGCUUCAAGGAUUGUCAAUGAUUAUAUAUCUGAGCUGAAUAUUCAUUGUGAUUUCUACCCCAGAGGAUGCCCUGAAAUGGUUCAAGUUGAAAAUCUCAAACGUCACGUUGCAAGUUGUGGAUUCUCUCCUGUGCAAUGUUCGAAUGAUGGAUGUAAUGUUCUCGUGAAUGCCAGCGACAAGCUUCACCAUGAAACUGAAGUAUGUGAUUUUAGAAAUCUGAAAUGUCAUGACUGUGGUCAAGUCAAGAAUGAAGUGAAAGAAAUGAAAGAUCAAAUAAAGAAUGAAAUGAAAGGAAUGAAAGAGGAGAUGAAAAAUGAAAUAAAGAAUGAAAUGGAAAUAAUGAAAGAGGGAAUGAAAGAUGAAAUAAAGAAUGAAAUGGAAAUAAUGAAAGAGGGAAUGAAAAAUGAAAUAAAGGAUGAAAUGAAAGGAAUGAAAGGAGGAAUGAAAGAAAUGAUUGAUCAAGUAUUAGUGCAUCGAGAUAAAAUAUCGAAAGAAGUAAAAGAGGAAGUAAAAAAUCAGAUGAAGAAUGAAAUGAAAGGAAUGAUUGAAAAUGAAAUGAAAGGAAUGAAAGAGGAAAUAAAAAAGGAGAUGAAAGGAAUGAAAGGUGAAAUGAAAGAAAUAGUUAUGAAUGCUGUGAGAGAUGCAAUGGCAGGAAUAAAAAGUCUCGAAGUUGAAAUGAAAAAUUCAAAGCAAAGUUCACAAGCGACAUGUUCUUCAGAUACAAGAGAAAAUAUCUUUGUAGUUGGAGGAAAACACAAGCAGGGUUGGAGAUAUGUGAAAAAUAAAUCCACAGAGUGUUUCAACUGGGCUGACCAAACCUGGACAGUGCUGGAUUUUGCAGUAUUUGAAGGUCGUGCCAACGCUUGUUCAUUCCUGCAUCAAGGUCAAAUGGUGGUCGCUGGAGGUCAUGAUAAUAGGGGCAACUUGACAAACACAAUGAAAUGUUUGAAUAUCGCAGAUCCAUCAGCCACAUGGAAAGAUUUCACUGUCAAUCUUCCUGUCCAGUGCUCUGGUCAUAAAGUCGUCAACCACAAUGAUCAGCUGUUUAUGUCUGGGGGAUAUGUUAAACUCAGUGCCGGGGAAUCGUCCAAAUGUUCUGAUGCAGUGUACCAGGUGCAGUUGGUUCCACCAUAUUCCAGUAAGAUCUUGACAAGAUUACCACAAUCAAGAUCUGAUCAUGGCAUGGAAAUGUUUGAUCAGAAAUUGUUCAUUCUUGGAGGGUAUGAUGGCAAGAUCACAGCCAGUGUGGUACAGUAUGAUCUCAUCAAGAAUGAAUGUAAAGAAAUGCCUCCAUUGCCAUAUGCUGUGCAAGAAAUGGCGACUGUUUUAUGGCGGAAUAACGUGCUUGUGAUUGGUGGGGAGGAUCACCGUUAUCAACGUUUGAAUAAAUUGAUAAUGUAUGACGUCAUUACAGGACGUUCUCAAAUGUUGCCAUGUAUGAAGCAGAAGCGAUGUGCUUGUACAGCGGUCUUAACUGGCAAUGUUGUAGUGGUUAUGGGAGGAAGGAAUGAGAAUUUCGAAUGUCUUAAGUCAGUGGAAUGUUUUGAUUUAGAACGUCAAGUUUGGCAAGACUUGCCUGACAUGCUUGAACCACGAGCAUUCGCCACUGCAGUGAUCAAACCAAACCAUUGAAUUCAAAAAGGACAUUGACCAUAGUUGUUCUUGAACCACAACUCUACUAAUUAAGCUAUCAAGUUAAUUAACAGAGAUUGGUGAUGAAUUGUAUCCAAUUUAAGUGCAGGAAAUAUUUCCAGCAAGUGAAUAUAUCAUUAAAAACAAGUGUUGAAACAUUUCAUUAACUAAAUUACUUAGAAAGUUGCAACCAAUCUCUGUUGGCUAGAUUAGUUCCCAGUCUCUUACUGCACGGCGAGAAUGCAUGUCUUUCUCAAAUAGUCAAGAUACGACUUUAACAAUAUAGUCAAUGAAAUUCCAAUUUCCAGAGGGUAAACGACUUAUUUCGCUAGCUUAUAAAAUAGAUAAGAAAUAUAUGGAACCACGAACCAGCUAUGGCACUCAUUAUCGUUUGGUAUUUAAACAGUUAAACGUUUAUAAGAAAAACUCUUACGAAUUUGCCAUAUUAAAACUACUGAUCAUUGAAUAAUAUAUAUUAUGAACAAAUUUUCGAGAUAUUUAAUAGUACUGAAGAACAUAAAAAGUAGGAAGAUUUGCAAGUAUAGCAUCGUAAUUUUAUAUAAUCGUAUAGUGUGAAGACCACAAGCUUAUUAGUGUUUUAAAUUAUUAUGUGUAUAUCCUCGUAAAUAAACGAUUUACUUGCUUAAUCAAAGACCCCUAUAAACUACAAUCUAGAACUGAUAGUGAUAGAGCAAUCUAGUAUAAAUAUAGAAAGUUUUAAUAUAACUUUUCUAAUCACUGUAGAUCAAUAAUGCAUAACGCUGCCGGCGUCUCUAGAGAGAACGUUUUAGGCCCCAGUUACACGAUACCGGAUUCGCAUCGGAGUGGCAUCAAAUUUUACUGCUUCGAGGUGAAUUUGGCACUUAAAAUUAUGAUAAUAUAACAUAGUUAAACAAAAAGUUCAAAUAUGAAAAGUUGUAAGAGCAGACAAGACUGGAAAACAAAUUAAAUUGAUGUCGUUCCGAUACGAAUCCGGUAUCGUGUAACUGGGGCCUUAGACCGCGGUUAUUGUUCAGCCAGAAAUGAAAAGCAAUCCAACUAGGAGUUACUAUCGCAAGGAAAAUGCUGCCGAUAUGUACAUGUAGGAUGUGCUACAAAAAGAGCGUUUUUCACUGUAUGUAUGAUUUAUUGUCUUACACAUCGUCGUUCCUCAGUUACCUUCGUACAAUUAUAUCUUACAUCUAAUCUUAUGAAAAGUAUAUUUUAAUAUACUUAACAGUGCGACUUUGAUAGU